AUGCAAAAACACUUGUUGAUCCGAGCAAAUGAACAAGAAUUAAUGUGUUUGGCGAGCCUUAGUGCUGCUGAGAGGUGGAUGGAUGCAGUUCUAGGUGUUUUAUAUACUUGUAUUUUCGACUUCGACCCCCUCCUCCCCCCUUUCCCCCCCGGGAGGAGCAGAAGAUCAUCAUCAGUGAGACUGACAGUAGUAGCAGAGACUAUGUCUACUGACAAAUUGGGUAUCAAAGUUGAUAAGAAUCCUCCCGAGUCCAGGCUCAGCCAACUGGGCGUCAGAAAUUGGCCCAAGUGGAGUUGCCCCCCAAGCAAAUUUCCAUGGACAUACAGUGACAAAGAGACUUGCUAUCUGCUGGAAGGAAAAGUGAAGGUUACCCCAGAUGGGUCAAAUGAGUCAGUUGAGAUUGGUGCUGGGGACUUGGUGGAAUUUCCAAAGGGAAUGAGCUGCACUUGGGACGUGUCAGUGGCCGUAGACAAGCACUAUAACUUCAGCUAG